AUGAAAGACAAAGCAUCAGUUGAUUCAGAAAAAAGCGCCGUCCAUAGACCAGUAAACAUCCGCGAUGUUGACGAGGAAGUGGACGCAUUUGAACAUCUGAAAGGGACUGAAGGAUACGUUGAAUACCGCACUUUAAAUUGGUUCCAGGCUGGCGGUCUUCUCCUUGCUGAAACUCUCGCGUUGGGUGUUUUGUCCUUCCCUAAUUUGGCAGCGCAAAUUGGCGUAGCACCUACAAUUGUCGCUACAAUCAUCCUUGCCUUUUUAGCCUGGAUUACUGGUUAUAUUCUAGUAGACUUCAAAGUAAAUCAUCCUAGUGUCAUGAACUUUGCGGAUGUGGGCCGAAUAAUUGGUGGUUCAAUCUUCAAGUGGGUGAUGCUCAUUGGAAUAGUGCUCAAGUCAGUCCUCAUUCAAGCAUCUCAUGUCAACAGCGGUGGCACGGCUUUCACUGAGAUGAGUCGUAACGCCAGAUGUUCAGUUUUGCUCUGCUUCUGUAUGGCACUGUUCGGAUUCGUUUGCACUAUUCCACGGAAGUUUAGUCACGCUAGUUGGGCCUCGUUCGUUUCGUGCAUCUCCAUCAUCACGGCUUGUCUCAUUACAAUCAUUGCAUGCGGCGCGAACCAGGCUGAGUAUAGCAAUGCGACGUGGAGAGCUGCCAACAACCCUGGAGUCGCUGGCGUUGUGAACUCUCUUACGAACAUGAUCUUCGCUUAUGGGGGUCAUGCCGCGAUUUUCGCCUUCGUCUCAGAGAUGAAAAAACCGAACGACUUCAAAAAAAGCUUGGCAAUGGUGCAAGUUGUUUCAACCUCCUUCUAUAUUACUAUCGGUGUCGGUGUGUACAUGCUCGUUGGAGAGGAGAACGUCAAGAGCCCAGCCCUGUCAAUCCCAGGCUACAAAUUGGAAACAGCAGCUUAUGCGAUUGCGCUUGUCUCUAUCACAAUAAGCGGUGUCAUACCAGCCCUGAACGGAAUGAAACAAAUCUGGGUUGAAGCAUUCAGAGGCAAAAAGAUGCUGACCUCAAACGACUGGAAGACAUACACAACGUGGAUUGCGCUGGCCUUCACUACCUGGAUGAUUGGUUUCUUCCUCGCCCAACUAAUCCCAUUUUUUUCCUCGCUGCUGUCUAUCAUCUCAAGCGUGCUGACGGUGUGGUUCACUUAUGGCAUUUCUGGUAUCAUGUGGCUCUAUGACAAUAGGAAAGGCAGUAACAGAUCACCAGAAGGAUGGUUCAGCAACAGACAGAAGACGCUCAUGUUCGCGUUUUCGGUGUUUAUCAUUAUUAUGUCUUCUGUCAUCACUCCGCUGGGUAUGUACAGUGCUAUCGAAUCUAUCAAAGAUGGCUAUAGCACUGUGUUGGUACAUAGACGGGGCUUUGUUAGAACUAAAGGUCUCAGUUUUCUCUUUAACGGCGGUAGCAGUACAAUGUGGAAGGCUGGCAACUGGGACUUUAUAGCCCUCCCUUAA